AUGUCGGAAACGUUAUCAUCAACAAUUACAUUAAAUGUAGGAGGCCAAUUAUUUACAACCACAAGAUUUACGCUCUCUCAGCAAGUAGGAAAGAGUGAAUUGGAACAUGUGUUAGCCUCUAUAGUAAACGGAAAGCAUGCAAUAGAGAAAGAUCGUGAUGGUAAUAUAUUCAUUGAUCGUGAUGGAACUUAUUUUCAUUACAUAUUAAAUUAUCUGAGAAAUGGAGGAAAUCUUUCACAAACAACAUUACCAUCAGUGAGAUAUCAACCAAUAAUUGCAAGAAGUUUACAAUUAGAAGCAAGCUAUUAUGGACUUACUGAAUUAGUGGAUUACUUCACUGUACAACGAUGGUUAUUGAAAAGGAGAUUUCAAUUGGCAAAUUGUCAUCCCAAUGUCGUAGUAUUAGAUGGAGGAAAAACCUUAAUUUGCAAAGAAUCAAGUGGAAAAAAUUGGUAUUCUGUGUCGUCUAAAUACCCAAUAGUUCACAUGGAUUAUUCAACGCAUGUUCCUAGCAAUGACGGCUCUCUUGACAGAUAUGAGGAAGAGGCAAAAGAAUUUGAUGCCGAUGAAGGAUUUUCCGAUGUUGAGGAGGUCAAUGGGUUCCCAUCUAGCAACAAUUAUUUCCUUAAUAUGGCUGGUGUGACAUCUGUAGAUGGAAAUGUUACGGAUUUGCAGAACUAUCAAGUUCAUGUACCAUCACAAUCAAAUCGACAAGCUCCUCAAGUUGAUGAGAUACAGAUCACAGCGUCAAAGCUGUCAAUAUAUUUUGGAAACAUGAAGCUGUUGAAAUUUCAUGUCAAAAACUACUAUGAAAUAGUCAUCGAAAACACCAAGAAUUUUAACAUUGUACUCGGAAUUUCCAAGCAAAAGACAUCCUAUUUCCAUGAUUCUUGGACAGUUGGAUUUAUUGCCAAUUCAUAUGGAUUCAACGUUUGGUCCAUGAAAAAGUACACAAAAAAGACUCAAAUCGAUUAUGGAGAACGAUGUGAACGAGGAGAUCGAGUAGGCAUGUAUGUGAAUACAGCAUUGGGUUACAUUGAGUAUUUCAGAAAUGGAAGAAGUAUGGGCAUUGCUUUUGAUGGUCUCACUAAGGAGCUGUCUGAAGGAAAUUGGUAUGUGGUCGUGAGUUUGUACAAUCAAGGCGAUUGUGUCACAUUAAACACGAACGCAGUAGCUCCUCCCUCCUUAAGAGAAGAAGAAUAUCUCCAUAGCAGCAAUGACAACAGCAAGAUGGAAGAAUUGAAAUAA